AUUGCGUUCGUGGCUCCUAUAUUGCUUUUAGCUCCUUAGCGUUUCGCAAUUUAAACUUGUAGUAAAGUACGUUCAUGUACACAACUCAUUUGAAUCUCAUUUCGCAAAAAAAAUAAAAUACAAUAAUAAUAACAAACUGUAAUGAAAAAAAAUCCGAGGAUGUCACGAUAAUUUGGCGAAAAGUACUGCAGUACAUACAUAAAUGGAUCGUGUCACUUCGACCUCUUUUCCGUUUAUUAUAUAUAUUAAAUAGCACCGAUAGUUUUUGGUUAUAGAAUUCGGUGCCAGGCGGAGCACAAUUCGUCGUUAAAAGUUCAAUUGCAAUACUCCGCGUAACCCACUCGAUCGUCAGUUGUAGUUCUUGACAAGGGCGUGCUACCAACACAGAACAGUGUUCAGUGACAACACAAUGCCUGAUAAUGAGUGUCAUCGUUGUUCUGCUGGAAAAAAGGAACCUGUAACACGCACGUGCGAUGAACAGAAAGAAGUUCUCUCGUCAGUUGUUGACGAUUAUUAUCCUUGGGGAAAACCUGGCCAUGGUGCUCCCAACGACGAUGGUCUUCGAAAGAGGAAAAUAUUUACAGAUCCGCCAUCUCCUCCUUGGAAGGAAAUUAGUAAUGAAGUGACAAAAAUGGGAAGGCCAGGAGGUGGUGCACCUCAAAAAACGUCAUCCGGAAAAAUCAAAAACUUUCGUAUCGAAGACCCACAACUUAGAUUUCAAUUUCAUGCUCCUGAUAGAAAUAUGGUGGACAAUGAUCUUCGAUAUAGAAUGCCAUUAAAAGACCAAAGAGCAUAUAAGUUGGAAUUAGAUGAAUUGGUCAGGGAAAAACAAGAAAUAGUUGAAGAAAACCGCAGAAAAGAAAUGAUCCAAGAUCAAAAACUGAAUUCGAUCGCAGAUCCCUGGGGUACGCCAUGCCCAGGGGGUGUUAUUUGGAGAGAUCCAAAAAGUAUUGGAAAAAACUUCUUUCGAUCGUUGGGAUAUGUAGAUGGAAAGAUAUUAAAAUUGGGAUCGCAUCCAAACGACAAUAAAGAAAGCACUGAAGAUAUUGAAGCAAUUACGGGUGGUGUAGAGUUAGCUCCGUUACUUGCGUCAAGAAGAAGACAAGACAAUAAAUGGCCUUUGCACACUAGCGAUGUAACGAAGAUCUAUGAUCCUAAAUCAAAUUUCUUGAUAGAUGAAAAAGAAUAUCACAAGUUUCUGGAAAGACAAAUAAGUGGACGUGAAAAACGAAAACAGCAUGAGCACCAAGAAGACAUACAAGAAGGACAAAAACACCACGAAAAUUGGAAUGAAUUCUGGGGUAGACCGGGCGGUGGAGCACCAAAAGGAACAACGAGACAAAAAGAAAAUCUAGAGUAUAUGCUCUAUCAGCUUCCUAUAAUCAACAGAUUAAAAGAAAAAGAGGAGAGAAAAAAUUGCGGCGAUUGCAAAAAAACACCUGAAAAAUAAAUAAACUUUUUAUAGUUAAUCUAGUUUAUUAUAUUAAGCUAUAUAUGUAGUCGUCCACAAUGGAAAUAGAGGUACUUCUAACAUUUAUGUAAUGACUUUUGACUAAUGAGUAAACUUAUGGGUUAAUUUAGAUCGUAAAAUUAUGUUCAGAAAUUCGAUUUUAAUUAUUUAUAAAAGUUAAUCUUUAUUGCACAUUAGCCAAUUUCAUAUUUCGUUCAAAUUAAUACAAUUUUUCACUUCACGUUGAAAACAAAAUAAUGAAUUAGUUCUACAAUAAUGAGAGUUCUUUAUUUACUUUGUAUUUUAUUUUUAUAGAUCUACUUUUUUGCUUUGGGUAAUAAAUAAUAAUACUUAAAACGAAUUAUUACUUUCCAUAAUAGCUCUUUGAUUUGAAAUUAAACAUUAAUAAUUUUAAAUUAUGAUUAUAAUCUUAAUUUUAAUGACCCAAAAAGACUUUCAAAGUAGUAAAGUAUCUACAGGAUAGACAACUUAACAAAUAACUCAAAUUUUAAAAGACAUUAAAAAAAUGUGUUUGAAAUAUUUUUGACCAGCUGCCCUAGUCCUUUUUUUUUAUAUAAAAUGUGAUUUCUACACUAAAAUUACACGAUUUAUAACGAUACAAUCAAUUGUUUUAAAAACAUUUUUAAACAUACAUUUUUUCUUAUAUUUUUUAAUUAUUUUAAAUGUUUUCAUAAAAUUGUGUAUUAUAAUUAUUAUAUAUUAUAAUCAUAUAUAUUUAUAUUAUCAAGUUUAAAAUAUAAAAUAAUUCAAUAUAAUGUUAGGUGAAAUAAAGUAAGUGAAUUUGGAUAAAUGAUUUCUAAUACUCGUAGACUACUUUAUAUUAUUUAAAAAAUUAGGGCUAUUUAUCCAAUUUCGCCUCAAAAUAUUUUUAAAAACAGUUAUCUAGACAUUAUUCUGAUUUGUGUUUUUCUUCUUUUUAAUUCCGUUUAAAUCGUUGUUGGGAUUUUGGGAAAUCAGAAAAUAUUAUUUUUCAAAUAAAAUAUACUAUAGGGUUAAAUUGUCUAUUGAAUAUUAGAUUAAAACUAUACAAUAUAGACUGCGUUCAAGAAAAACGUUUUCCGAAAAAAUAAAUUAGACAACACUAAUUAUUUUAAAUAUAACUUCUGAGCUCUGCUUUAUAGAUAAUACAAUAAUAAUGAUGUCAUAAACAUGCUUAUCCAUUUAAACAUCGAUUAAAAAUAAUGUGCGAUAUGUUUUUUAAACGUACUUUAACGACUUUUCACUUUAAAAAUUCUGAAUGCGAUAUAAUUAUAGACAUAAGCAAGUAUCUAAUAUUUUUUUUCAGAUUUCUCUUUUCUUACUCAUCGAAAACUACAAUUUUCCUUAGACUUAAUUGUUUUAUUAAAAAAAAAUUAUAUAUUAUCGUUAUAAAUUAUGUACUGAGAUUUAUUUAUUUUUUUUUAAUUUUAUUUACAAAUACUACUGCCGAUGUCAUAAUAAAUUUCAUAUAAUCAUAAAUCCAUAAUCCAAAUAAUAUAAUAUGUUUGUUCUUAUAAACUAAAUCACUAGAAAUUACAGAUUUACAGUUAAAAAAUGAAAAUUCUCAUAUAUACAAAAAACUAAUGACAUCACGAAAUGAUUCAUUUAAAAUAACUGUGUACAACUGUUCAUUUAGUUUGAUAAAUUAAAUGUCAUUUGUUAUAAAGGUUACGUGUGUCUAAAUAAAAACUAUUUCUUUCGUCGAUUUCCGAUUUCAAAAUUUAAAUGUGUCUCUACCUAAUUGGUACAUAAUAAUUUUGUAUAUUAUGUGUAGAAUGUUUUAUGUUUUGAUUAUGUAUACGAUUAAUAUUUGAAAAUACUAAUAUUUAUUUAUUUUUAGCAUAAAGAAUACCAAAUAAUAAAUUUGAAU